ACGAGGCGCACCAGUCAGUGUGGAGUAGCAGGAGUGACCGGUCGGGUCUCCUCGCUCACUGUGCCUGCUCAACCCGUCCUCCUAAGGUUUUCUAACGUCAAGAAACUGUCGUACUAACCCUUGUCCUAACCUACCCGAGAAUCCAAAAAACAGAAAACGGGGAUAGUGUCAAUUUUGUGAGUCGCUAUUAUUUUCUAGUACGGCGAUUUUUUGCCUUAAAGUAUACGUCAAAAUGCGACGCUCUGUUAAGAGGACUGGUUGACCUGGUGACCGGUGUACCGUAGGGGACGUGCUGUCUCCGAGAGAGUUGGUCACUGCAUCGUCCAGACCAUCUUAUUAAGCAGUGUACCAUAGGGACUGGACACACUUACAACCGGUGAUGUGGGGGCCGUGAGGGAGGGGAGAAGAGUGAGAGCUGUGGGAGAGGUAGUCAGCCUCCCACCCACCCACGGGCUCCAGUCCUCCAACGGUACCAUAUUAAUUAACGGGAAGAGCUUCAUGAAGACCACUUUACCGGACAUUUCUCUCUGAUAGAGCAGAGUUGGUUCAGAGAAGACAGGCUCAGUCAGGACGGCGCGCUGUUGGCGCGUUUGUUCCACAACAGAACAUUGUGAGGUUCCUCCAGGAACGAGGAAUAAGUGUCUGUUGUGCCAUUUUGUUUCACUUCUCAGCCCUGUUUACUGCUGUUCCACGGCACUCGCCGCACCUAAUUCCCACAGGAAUUAACGGAAUAAACAGAUGAAUCCUAUCCACACCAGAGUGAAAACCCCCGUAGCACAGUGAUAACAGAAACGCCCCUCCAGCAGUGAAUGGGUAUAACUGGUUGUUAAACGAUUUGGCGGGUCGUAUUCCGGGGAAAAUUGCGAUUAAGGCCUUGCCCGAAACGGUAUGCGUGCUAGUGGCUUUACAAGACUGUUAGAAUGUAUAAAUAAAAUACAAAUGAAAACAUAAGACAAACUAGGGCAGUCCGCGUGAAGACCAGAGCAGAUCAACGCUCUAAAGCCUCUAAGCUGAAUUACAAGCAAACAAACGUGAUUUCAUGGGCGCCAUUACUCUGGGAAAGAAAGACUGGAAGGAGUGUUUGGCCAAGAUCCGAAGCAGUCGUGAAUUCUGAUCAAAAAUACUACAUCAACACUGAUCUCUGCGAUACGCAGAGGAGAAGGGGAGACUCGACCGGGGAACACGAAAGUUCAUCAUGUGUUGUCUGCUUCGUUUGGUGGUGGUGAUGGCAAUGGCACUAUCUGGGAGAGCAGAAUCUGGCACCCCGCUGCCGUACCUUCAUAUGUUGGAUGUUAACAUUACUUCUGACGAGAAGAUAAGGCAAUCGGCUCUCACCAAUACAAGACUUGCUGUCCACGAGUUAAAAGAUUUGAGCUUCAGCAAUGAUGGUAGUGUCGGUUCUACAGACACGCCCCUAGAAAACUGUACAGAACCCUUCGAAGUGCUUCCAACACCCGAGUCAUUGAUCCGUCAUUGGCACAGAGAUCAGGACUUGCUGCCACAAGGGUACAUAAAUCGACACUAUAUAUUUAACCCUAGGAAAGAUAACCUGGGUUAUUUUCAGCAUUUAAUGAGAAUCCCUCGGCCCCCACAAGCAUUUAAUCCAUACAACAUCAGGCAACACCCUAUGAAUCCAAUUCUGAAUCAAGAUCAUACCAAUCGUGCAUUUAAUUACAUUCAGAAUCAAAAAAUAAAUCUACAAAACUUAACCCCAGUGCCACUAAGGAUUAACAUGUGGAAUGCUGGUCUCCGAAGAACAACAAAUGGUCUUGCUCAAAACCAGUUCUCUCCCUCACACAACAUUCCAAGGCCCAGCCCUAACACACACACCUACACUAAACCACCUUAUUUACCUCGAAGACAUCCAGGGAAUCUACAGCAAGAUAAAUUUCAACUGCUGAAUAGCAAGCAGCCUGAAGCUUACCCAAGUGAUCCAGAAAUUGAAAUAUCUAUUCAUGACUUAACUAGCGUAUUCUACAGGGAAAAUAACGCUCCUUUACAUUUUCCCAUCUUGCAAACUUCAGCUAGUCAUAACACUGACAGAGUAAAUAGAGUAAAAAACUUACAAAUUAAAAGUUACAGAGAUCCAGUUUCAACUGACACUCAAAGAUCUUUUAAUACCAACAAGAGACCAAUUUUGAACUCGCAGACUGAUCUUGUUUAUCCUAGAACUCCUCCAAAAUCAUUUAGUGCAGCAAUGGCUCGAGACACAACUCUCCACACUGACUCAAUAGCAGAUCAGGUUCUCUAUGACCCCGAGCGUUACCCACCGAGUGUGUCCUUUGGAGAUUCAUACUAUGUCCAAAAUCCUCCAAUUGGCACUCGUCGUGUACAUGAAACUGAACAACACAUUGACAAGACUAUAUAUUACAAGCCAAAUAUAUACAACAGAAACAAUCGGUUCAGUGACCAAGCACAUACAAGGAAUAUUUACAGAACAAAACCAGAUGGAAAACAAUUUUCAUAUGAUCAGCUUUCUACAAUUCAAAAUUUAAAUGAUCAAAGAUAUCAAAAUAUAGAUCAUAAUUCUCAGAGGAGCAUUGUAGGGCUUGGAUAUGCCAAGCUGCCUAAUGGUUAUGAGUCGCCAACAACAACAUUCGAAGUGUUGGCCGACAGAGACAAGCAAGAAAGCACUGAUAAUGCUCUAUUGACCACUAACAGUCUAGAAGAGAUGGCUAAGAACAAUUCUACAACACUUUUCAAUGGUCAUGGUGGUCCCUUUCUCUUAAUUUAUAUAUAUAUAUAUACAUAGGAACACACACAAAAUGACCCAUCACAACUGUAAAAACAAGUGACACUUAACUUAAUCCACAUCAGAAAUACAGUAGUAAAAAAAAAUUCAAAAACCUUU